AUGAAUCACACAAGAUUGAUCAAACCCCUUAUCUUUAUAUCCAUCUUCUUCUUUCCCAAUGUUUUCGCACAACAAAAUUCAACCGAUUCAAAUCCGGGGCGCAUGCGUGCUGUGCAUCCAAGUGUUGUUAUUGUCAUCGGGGUGCUAUGCACGAUGUUUUGUUUAACAUUUCUCGUACUUGCUUGCAUGAAAUUCUGUCAAUCGGAUGUACUUCAACAAAUCCCUCAUCAACUUCCUAGCUCAAGGUCACGGUUUUCUGGGAUUGACAAAAAAGCAAUCGAAUCUUUGCCUUUUUUUAGAUUCUCAUCACUUAAAGGAUCAAAAGAAGGGCUAGAGUGUGUAGUGUGCUUAUCGAAGUUUGAAGAUUCGGAGGUUUUAAGGUUAUUGCCUAAGUGUAGGCAUGCGUUUCAUAUGAAUUGCAUCGAUCAAUGGCUAGAAAGUCACUCUAGUUGUCCUCUUUGUAGGAGGGAACACGAUGGUUCUUCUAGGUCAUCGAGGUUUAGUAUAGGAAAUAGCUUUAGGAAAUUUUCAAAGAGCCCUAAAGAAGAUGUCUUAAUUCAAUAUGGAGAUCAAAUGUUGGAUAAGUUCAAACAUAGGAUCAUUGUAUCCGACAUUGUUUGCAAGAGUCGGUGGAGUGAUGUGAAUUCCUCAGACUUAAUGUUUUUGAACUCGAAGAUGCUUAAUGAGGUUUCAAAGAAGCAUUUCUCACCUUCGGGUAGUGGGAGAUUUGAAAUAGAUGUUGAACAAGCAAUGAAGUUUAAGGAGGAUAUGGAAAGAAGAAGAUUAUAUGAAUCCAAGGUUGCUAAAACCCUUGAUAGUGGCGAAACAUCGAUUUCGAAUUUGCAGUUUCCUAGGUUUCAGACGGACGAGGAGGCAGAUGGUAUGCAGAAGAGGUCAAUGUCAGAGAUUACAAAUGUCUCAAGAUUUAGAGAAACAAGAAGUUCAUAUUGGGCUAGUAAUGCGAAAGAUGUGAAGUUACAAAGCGUUUGGUUGCCGAUGGCAAAAAGGACAAUUCAAUGGUUCACAAAUCGGGAGGGAAAUUCGUUUGAAAUGAGAAGUUGA